UUCAUGCUCUUUGCUGCACAUGCGCAACACUCAACUUGGAAAUCAUGGCGGCCGUCUGCAGAGCGUCUCGGAUCUUUACGAAGAGGCUGUUGUCGACUAAAACUAUUCCAGCAGCCUGCCAAGGAGGUUCUCGACAGCUUCACUUUACUAUUAGUGGAAAGAAGGAGAAGUCCGCCAGCAUAUCAAAUGCAAUAUCUACCCAGUACCCAGUCGUUGACCAUGAGUUUGAUGCGAUUGUUGUGGGGGCUGGUGGAGCCGGCUUAAGAGCAGCCUUUGGCUUGUCCGAGGCCGGUUUCAACACAGCAUGUAUCACAAAACUGUUUCCCACCAGGUCCCACACAGUGGCUGCACAGGGUGGAAUAAAUGCUGCUUUGGGAAAUAUGGAGAAUGAUGACUGGAGGUGGCACUUUUAUGACACAGUUAAAGGUUCAGAUUGGUUAGGAGAUCAAGAUGCAAUCCACUACAUGACCGAGCAGGCACCUGCUGCUGUUAUUGAGUUAGAGAAUUAUGGGAUGCCCUUUAGCAGAACAGAAGAUGGUAAAAUCUAUCAGCGUGCUUUUGGUGGACAGAGUCUCAAGUUUGGUAAAGGAGGUCAGGCACACAGAUGCUGCUGCGUGGCUGAUCGAACAGGACACUCCUUAUUGCACACUCUGUACGGCCGUUCUUUAAGGUAUGAUACCAGCUACUUUGUUGAAUAUUUUGCUCUGGAUCUUCUAAUGGAAAAUGGUGAAUGUAAAGGAGUUAUCGCACUUUGCAUGGAAGAUGGAUCCAUCCACCGUUUUAGAGCCAAAAGCACUGUUAUUGCCACAGGUGGCUAUGGUCGCACAUACUUCAGCUGUACAUCAGCCCACACCACAACUGGGGAUGGUGCAGCAAUGGUUACAAGAGCUGGCCUACCCCUUCAAGAUCUGGAGUUUGUACAGUUCCAUCCCACAGGGAUCUAUGGUGCAGGCUGUUUAAUUACAGAAGGCUGCCGUGGUGAAGGAGGCAUUCUUAUUAACAGUGAAGGAGAGCGAUUUAUGGAGCGAUAUGCACCAGUGGCAAAAGAUUUAGCCUCCAGAGAUGUUGUAUCUCGUUCAAUGACUAUUGAGAUUCGAGAAGGAAGAGGCUGUGGACCUGAAAAGGAUCAUGUUUAUCUGCAGUUACAUCACCUCCCACCACAACAGCUUGCGACACGACUACCAGGCAUCUCUGAGACAGCCAUGAUAUUUGCUGGUGUUGAUGUGACAAAGGAACCCAUCCCUGUGCUCCCAACAGUUCAUUACAAUAUGGGUGGCGUUCCAACGAAUUUUAAAGGACAGGCAAUCACUCAUGUAAAUGGUCAAGACAAAGUUGUCCCUGGUCUUUAUUCUUGCGGUGAAGCAGCCUGUGCUUCUGUUCAUGGAGCCAAUCGCCUUGGUGCAAACUCGCUUCUUGAUCUGGUUGUGUUUGGUCGUGCCUGUGCACUCACAAUUGCUGAAACCUGCAAACCUGGUGAGCCCGUUCCCUCUAUUAAAUCUAAUGCUGGGGAGGAAUCAGUGGCAAACUUGGAUAAAAUGAGGUUUGCCAAUGGCAGCACAAGAACAUCAGAAAUUAGACUUCAGAUGCAGAAGACCAUGCAGAGCAAUGCUGCUGUUUUCCGAACAGGGCCAGUACUGAAAGAAGGGUGUGAGAAGAUCAGUGCAAUAUACAAUUCAAUGGAUGAUAUAAAGACUUUUGACAGAGGCAUUGUGUGGAACACUGACCUUGUAGAAACACUUGAACUGCAGAAUUUGAUGCUGUGUGCAUUGCAAACAAUCUAUGGUGCUGAAGCCCGAAAGGAGAGUCGUGGAGCACACGCAAGGGAAGACUUUAAAGUAAGAAUAGAUGAAUAUGAUUAUUCAAAACCCCUCCAAGGACAGCAAAAACUACCAUUUAAGGAACAUUGGAGAAAGCAUACGCUCUCUUAUGUGGAUUCCAAAGGCAAGGUGACAUUAGACUACAGACCUGUGAUUGAUACCACUCUACAAGAAGAACAAUGCGCCUCCAUUCCACCUGCCAUUCGUUCCUAUUAAUACUGACAUUGGAUAUCAUGCAGUGUUUAGCACAUUUGCUGUAGUCUACAAAUCAGAAAGAGGCGCAUUUUGUUUUCUGUGACUUUAUUUACAGUGCUUCAGUAUUUUAUGGUAAUCGGCUACUGGAGCGCAUAUUUGAAACAUGAAGCUUUUCUCCCUGAUGACCAAUCUGUGGCUUCCGAUUACUUGUUUUAUUUUUUUGGGCUCCUUCUUCUGGUAUUGUACUGUUUGGUUCAUCUCAUGCCUGCUGUAGUUACCAGAAUGAAAAAGUCUUAAAAAAAUCGUCAAAUGCACAGCUAAAUUAAUUGAACAGUCUUGAAACACACUCCUUUUGUAAAAGUAGAAAUACAAAUACUAUUGAUGAUGCUUUAUUUAAAGUAAAUUGUGCACUAGCUGUGUACUCUGGUCAUUGCUAACAGAACAUGAACUGCUAAUUUUAUCAAUUGGGAUGUCACUUGUUUCUUAUCCAGUAUAACUUAAUUCAUGUGGUGUACAAAAUAAACGUCUUCUUGGACUCGUGA